AUGGAUGUCAUGAACAAAGACAAGAAACUUACUCGGUACGAUGUACAAAUAUCUAAGUUAAUCGGAAAAGCUUGGGGGAAAGCUGCAAGCAUCGCAAAAGGCGUUUCUGUUUUGAGAUCUGGUGGAAUUUACCCCUACGACCCAAAUGCUAUUCCAGAACACUAUUUUUCUUUAUCUGAUGCUAUAAAAGAUGAAGAUUUAGUAGCAAAUAAACCUAAUGAGGAAGAUGAAGUCGUGUCAUUUCCAGUGCAGAGGGAUCAAAAUCUUUUGGACAAAGGGGAUAUCAAUCCUUCAGAAGUACCAUCGGCAGAUACUCUACGAGGAGUUCUUGCAGGUGAUCAUCAAAUGAUAGACGAAGAGGAGACGCAUACUAGCAAUUGUCGGAGCCAAAUAUAG